AUGCAAAAGCAGUCAAUUCCCGGAACUGUUAUUGGGUUUAGUAUUAACGGCACAAAUGUGUGGACCGAAGGGUUUGGUUAUACGGAUGUCGAGAACGAUGUCAUCACUCAUAAGGACUCCGUUUGGCGUUUGGCCAGUAUUUCAAAAACAUUGACUUCGGCACUGAUUGGACGGCUUAUGGACAAGAAGUUGAUUGAUCUCAACCACGAUAUCCACAAAUAUUUGUCACCGGAUUUCUAUCCUUAUAAGACAUUCAACGGAUCCGUAGUUAAUAUAACGGUUCGGGAAGUUAUGUCACAUUUGGCUGGUAUGGGAGAUGUGAGUGUAAAAUAUGCCUAUCGAGCAGUAAAUGUGAGCGAAACUAUCGCUCAACAAAAAGACACGCCGUUGUCAUCAAAACCCAAUACAACAUUCAGUUAUUCUAAUUACGGCUACCAAAUGGUCGGCGCUAUCAUUGAAGCCGUGCUUAACAGCACUUAUGAUGAAGAAAUUGAGAAAAUGUUUCGACAAUUGAAUAUGAAUUCAACAUUUGCUGAGAAAAGGGAAGCGAUUUAUAAACACAGACCACAGUUUUAUAUGAAUGCAACGACACUAACAAAAUCAGAUAUCAUUGAUGAGUUGGUUUCGUACGAGGACUUUUUAAGUAAGGAAACAGUGAAAGAGUUGUGGACUCCGGAGACUAUCGGCAAAAUUAAACCCAAAGAUUUACUUGACUACUUGGGUCCUUUUGAAUAUGGGUUUGGUUAUACGGAUGUCGAGAACGAUGUCAUCACUCAUAAGGACUCGAUCUGGCGUUUGGCCAGUAUUUCAAAGACAUUGACUUCAGCACUGAUUGGACAGCUUAUGGACAAGAAGUUAAUUAAUCUCAACCACAAUAUCCACAGGUAUUUGUCACCGGAUUUCUAUCCCUAUAAGACAUUCAACGGAUUGGCGGUUAAUAUAACGGUUCGGGAAGUGAUGUCACAUAUGGCUGGUCUUCGUUUUACUAAAUUACCCGACGAUUUGGCACAUGUUUUUCACUCACAAAAUGUGAGCCAAACUAUCUCUCAAUUCAAAGACGAGAAACUUUUAUCUAAACCGAACACAACAUUCAGUUACUCUAACUACGGCUACCAAAUGGUCGGCGCUAUCAUUGAAGCCGUGCUUAACAGCACUUAUGAUAAAGAAAUUGAGAAAAUGUUUCGACAAUUGAAUAUGAAUUCAACAUUUGCUGAGAAAAGAGAAGCCAUUUAUAAACACAGACCACAGUAUUAUAUGAAUGCAAAAACUCUAACAAAAUCAGAUAUUAUUGAUGAGUUGGUUUCAUACGAGGGUCAGUGGCCGUGUGGGGGUAAUAUAGCAACUGCUAGUGAUAUGAUUAGGUUUGGAAACGCUAUGAUAUCUGCAUAUAAUGGCAAACAGAAGGACUUUUUAAGCAAAGAAACAGUGAAAGAGUUGUGGACUCCGGAGACUAUCGGCAAAAUUAAACCCAAAGAAUGGAUUGAAUUAUUGGGUCCCUUUGAAUACGGCAAAGGAUGGUUUAUCAAGACUAUUCCUGAAUCGGAUCCCUAUCCAUAUAAGAAAAUAAUCUGGCAUGGUGGUAAUCUCGGCGCCAGUACAACAAUGCUUAUACUGUUUCCCGACCAGAAUAUAGUGGGCGUUGCCUUCGCUAAUAAGGGAGCCGUUUUGAAAUUGGAUAAACUGAUUGAAAAUGUGGCCAAAAAUUUUAAACAAUUUUUAUAA